CAAAACAAAACGCAACAGGGCAGGGGAGGGAGGAGAGAGAGGCUUUAAUUCGAAUUCUGUCGCCUCUGUCCCCCCCUCUCUCUUCCCUUCUCCCCACUCGCCAGCCGUCGGCGCCGACCGCACUGGGCGAGUAGAUCGCCGUGCGCCCGUGCCGCCCGGAGCUGGCCUCCAGCCUGGCCGCUUCUUGCUUCCCACCGGAGGUACGGGCGCCACUUCUCAGAGUCUGCAAUCUCCGGAAUUUACCCAUGGCCUCAGCUGCUUAUAUUGAUGAUUCUUGUUCUGAGGUUAUUGAUCCUCCAAAGUCCGACGUACUGGAUGUUGCUGAACUUGUCGGCGAUCAUAUUCCGCUUACACCAAAACCAAAUGUCGUAGCUUCUAGCAGCGUGCGCGAACUUUUGGAAUGUCCAGUCUGCUUGAGUGCCAUGUACCCUCCUAUUCAUCAGUGCUCAAAUGGUCAUACAAUCUGCUCUGGAUGCAAGCCAAGAGUUCACAAUCGCUGCCCAACUUGUAGGCAUGAACUGGGUAACAUAAGAUGCCUUGCUCUUGAGAAAGUGGCUGCAUCUCUUGAACUUCCAUGCAAGUUCCAGAACUUUGGCUGUUUAGGCAUUUAUCCGUACUACUGCAAGCUGAAGCAUGAGUCACAGUGCCAAUAUAGGCCUUAUAGCUGUCCAUAUGCUGGAUCUGAAUGUACAGUUGCUGGUGACAUUCCAUACUUGGUAAAUCACCUGAAAGAUGAUCACAAAGUUGAUAUGCACAGUGGAAGCACUUUCAACCAUCGCUAUGUCAAGUCAAAUCCCCAUGAAGUUGAGAAUGCCACUUGGAUGCUUACGGUUUUCAGCUGUUUUGGCCAGUACUUCUGCCUACAUUUUGAAGCAUUUCAGCUGGGCAUGGCGCCUGUCUACAUUGCUUUCCUGAGGUUCAUGGGAGAUGACACGGAAGCAAAAAACUACAGCUACAGCCUUGAGGUAGGAGGUGGUGGGCGCAAGAUGAUCUUUCAAGGGGUUCCCCGGAGCAUAAGGGACAGCCAUCGGAAGGUCCGAGAUAGCUAUGACGGGCUAAUAAUCCAACGGAACAUGGCCUUGUUCUUCUCCGGUGGUGAAAGGAAGGAGCUCAAAUUGAGGGUGACCGGUAGGAUUUGGAAAGAACAGUGAAACGAUCAGCCAAUUUGCCGUAGUAUGUGCCCAUGAAUAGCAUUGCCAAACUGUAUUAACACCUGGGCGCUGAUUCUCAAGCGCGCAACCUGUAAUACUUCUAUUUUAGCUAUCUUCUGCUGGAUUGGCGCAAGUGGGUGACUGGUAUCACUCAGAUAACAUGGGUGACACUGAUACUGAUGCAGGAUUCAUGGCAAUCUCCUCUUUGCUUUGAGCUGCUUGGGCGUCCCAUUCUGUAGCAUAGGGGGUUUGUAAUGGCAACUCAUUAGAUGUAAAGGUGUAGCUUCCAAACUCCAUUUGUGUGGUCGAUAUGUUUCGUACAAUGAUAUUGCUACUGUA